GCGGAACAACAGUUAGUUGAUUGCGCUCAGGCUUUUAACAACCACGGCUGCAGUGGGGGCCUGCCAAGCCAAGCCUUCGAAUACAUCCUGUAUAACAAAGGGCUCAUGGGGGAGGACACCUACCCGUACCGGGCGAAGAACGGCACCUGCAGGUUCCAGCCGGAGAAGGCCAUUGCGUUUGUCAAGGACGUUAUCAACAUCACCCAGUAUGACGAGGAUGGCAUGGUGGAAGCUGUGGGGAGGCACAACCCCGUGAGCUUUGCGUUUGAGGUGACGGGUAACUUCAUGCACUACAGGAAAGGAGUCUACUCAAACCCGCGGUGUGAGCACACUCCUGACAAGGUGAACCACGCCGUCCUCGCCGUGGGGUACGGGGAAGAAAACGGGACUCCGUACUGGAUCGUGAAGAACUCCUGGGGCCCGCUGUGGGGCAUGGAUGGGUACUUCCUUAUUGAACGCGGCAAGAACAUGUGCGGCCUGGCUGCCUGCGCCUCUUACCCAGUUCCGCAGGUGUAA